AUGGCCGUUGCUCUCCGUGCAAUUCUCUCCACUUUUUCGAGUGCUAAAAAAUCACGUAAGCCCACCACAACUAUCAACAAAAUGAAACCUUAUCAAAUGCUUGCAUUAAUUAUUGUAUGUACCACGACUACUUCAGCAGAGGUAGCUUCUUUCAAGCUUGAAAGGACCCGCAACCUUCAGCGUCACUGGAGCCCUCCUAAUGAAAAAGAUGUUGAAAGCAAUAUGAUUUCCUUGGUUCCGACGCUAUUUCCUACGGUAUCCCCGACAUCUAGUCCAACAAUUGUCAUUCCUGGUAUUACAGAUCCCGAGGAUGGUGGAAAUGAAACAAAUGAUGCCGGGCCAAACAGCGGCGGUAUUGGAGCAGGAACGGUAUCCGCAAUCGCAGUUGGUGGAGCCAUUCUGGUGAUAGGAGCAGCAUAUCUUUCGCGGAGAUCCGCUGUGGCUGCCAGUGCAUCGCAAGCUGCUGACGGAGGAUCCGCAGUUUAGAUCCAUGUUUCAUGAGCAUAUAAAAUUACUAUGUUUUCCUAAGAUCAACUGUUUAGUAUGCAGUGUACUUCUUCACAGUUAAACAGGAAUGGAAAAAGCACUUUUUAUUCCCGCAGUAGGGAGUUAAAAACUUUGGUAACACACAGUACUAUAAUAUG